AUUGAAACAUCAAACAAGAAUAUUCUGGAAUUGUAGUGAAUUUGUUUACAAAAACCCAUUUUACUGGCGAAAAUAAUAGAUAAUAUCAAUUAACACGAUGGUGGAUUACAGCAAAUGGAAAAAUAUUGAGAUCUCCGACGAUGAAGACGAAACCCACCCAAACAUCGACACACCAUCCCUAUUCCGUUGGCGGCACCAGGCCCGGGUCGAACGCAUGGAGCAGAUGCAGAAGGAGCUCGAGGAGCACGAGAAAACCAAGAAGGAAAACGAGCGCAAACGAACCGAAAUACAAGAGAAAUUAAAAUCUACAUCUGGGGGCGACAUUGAGGAUCUGAAAAAAUCCUUAGCCAACCUCGAAAUGGAAGCCGAAAAACUCAAACAGAAGGAGGAAGAGAUCAAGAAAAAGGAAAAGACGACUCCUUGGAAUGUGGAUACUAUAAGUAAAUCAGGAUUCGAGAAAACUGUAAUAAAUAAACAAGUGAAGCCUAAGGAGGAUAAUUUAACGGAGGAGCAACGCGAGGCUAACAUGAGAGAGUUUAUUAAGAAGUAUGAGAAGGAGUUGAAGGUCUUUGGGAUGAUGAGGAGGUACGAUGAUUCCAAGAAGUAUCUGCAGGAGCACACCCAUCUGGUUUGCGAGAACACGGCUAAUUAUCUGGUUAUCUGGUGUAUCAAUCUGGAGAUGGAGGAGAAGCACGAUCUGAUGGAGCAUGUUGCACAUCAGACGAUAUGUAUGCAGUAUAUGCUGGAGCUGGCGAAGCAGCUGGAAGUCGAUCCGAGGUAA